AUGGUCCUGGUAAUAAAACUGCUGCUCCUCACCUGCCUCUGGCCAACAGCUGCACUAACCAGUGUCAGUUCUCAAAGUGAUCAUCAUCAUCGUUUUCAUCAUCAUCAUCAUCAACAGAAAUGCUCAUCCAUGAAGAAACAUAACAGCAAACGAGAAAUUAAAAUGAGGAAAUUAGACAGCACCAAAGUACGUCCACUAAAGUCCGAGCAACUUCUCCGCAUAGAUGACCAUGACUUUGCAAUGAGACCUGGAUUCGGAGGGUCACCAAUACCAGUGGGCAUUGAUGUGCAGGUGGAAAGUAUUGACAGCAUUUCAGAAGUUGACAUGGACUUCACAAUGACCUUAUACCUCAGACAUUACUGGAAGGAUGAGAGGCUUUCAUUUCCUAGUACCAGAAACAGAAGCAUGACCUUUGAUGGAAGACUGAUCAAAAAGAUCUGGGUUCCUGAUGUAUUUUUUGUCCAUUCCAAAAGAUCUUUCAUCCAUGAUACAACUAUGGAGAAUGUGAUGCUCCGAGUGUACCCUGAUGGCAACGUACUCUUCAGCCUAAGGAUUACAGUUUCUUCCAUGUGUUUUAUGGAUUUCAGCCGAUUCCCUCUGGACACUCAGAACUGCUCUCUAGAACUGGAAAGUUAUGCUUAUAAUGAAGAUGAUCUGAUGCUGUACUGGAAACAUGGGAAUGAGUCGCUGACCACGGAUGAGCAGAUCUCCCUUUCCCAGUUUUUCAUUGAAGAGUUCAGUGCUUCUAGUGGACUAGCUUUCUACAGCAGUACUGGUUGGUACAACCGCCUUUUUAUAAACUUCGCCCUAAGAAGGCAUAUUUUCUUUUUUGUGCUACAAUCCUAUUUCCCAGCUAUGCUGAUGGUGAUGCUGUCCUGGGUUUCAUUUUGGAUUGACAGAAGAGCUGUUCCUGCCAGGGUAUCACUGGGUAUAACUACUGUUCUGACCAUGUCAACCAUAAUUACAGGAGUAAGUGCCUCAAUGCCUCAGGUGUCUUACAUAAAAGCUGUGGAUGUAUACUUAUGGAUCAGUUUUCUUUUUGUCUUCCUGUCCGUCAUCGAAUACGCAGCUGUGAAUUAUCUCACCACAGCAGAAGAGAGAAAACAACUCAAAAAAAGAGGGAAGGUUUCAGGAAUGUAUAACAUUGAUGCAGUACAAGCAAUGGCCUUUGAUGGCUGCUAUCAUGACAAUGAGGCUGACAUUGAUAUGACCACCUUUGCGGUCCACUCUGAAGAGAGCUCAGCCCGGGGACGGGCAGCCAGCAUCCCAAACCUGGAUGCAACCCGCAUAAAAAGGAAGAGAUCCUUGAAAGGAAAUGUGGGCAGGAUUAUUUUGCAGAACAAUCACGUCAUUGACACGUAUUCCAGGAUUAUAUUUCCCACUGUGUAUAUUGUAUUCAACUUUUUUUACUGGGGUUUGUAUGUCUGA